AACUUGAACAGAACUUCUCUACGUUCUCCACAUUCAUCAUGUCUUACUAGUCUUUCACAACAUGUCAUCAGGUCUCCUCAGUUCCUGGUCUGUUGAUUUUAUUUCAUGCCCUUGCCUUUAAUCUCAGAUCGAUCAGCAGCAGAGUGGCAGUGUUUGGGGCAUUUGCUCAGUUUCUUGAAGAGCCAGUGAGUCUGCAGACCAGCAGAGACAACAUGAACGCUACAGCAGGAGCACAAACAUGCAGGUCAUCGAUUUAGAGCUGCUGCAACCCGUUAAGAUGAGCGAUCAGAAAAAUGACCACGACGAGGCGUUAAACAGCGACGACGUGGACGAGCUGUCAGCCAGUGAUGACUCGGAGCCUGAAGGAGGACUCAGCAGCGCCCCCUUUGACCCGGAGCUGGACUGUGACGACGACGAAGACGGCAGGGAGGUCGCUGCUCCGGCCGCAGGACGCGGAGCUCAGAGUCCGUUCAGCCUGAGAGGAGGGAGCUCAGCUUUCUCAAACCGCAGCCACAGCAUCUUUGACAGCCUGGACAGUGUCCCCCGGCUGUCCCCGUCCUCCUCUCUGAACCAGGAGAGUGACAUGGAUGGAGUGUUUGCUCGUCCUCUGCCUCCACGUCCCAGCAGGAAGACGAGCCAGCCUCCGUCCGACGGCCCAUCACCAGCGAAGAAGAGAGGCGUCCCGGACUACCUGGUGCACCCAGAACGCUGGACGCACUACAGUCUGGAGGACGUGGCAGAGACCAGCGAUCAGGGCAACAGCAGGGCGGCUCUCAACUUCCUGUCCGGUCUGCAGCAGAGGAAGGAGACGCAGCAGGAGAGCCGGAGCGAGUCCUCCUGUGACGUCCUGCAGAAGAUGAUCUUCUCCAGACCGAGCGGGCUGCAGAAGGAGCAACCUGCUGAUCAUCUGACGGCGGUCAGAGGCAAAGAGAAGGAGACGCGCCUCAGUCACCUGGACGAGGAGGACGAGCAGGAGGAGGGCAGGGAGGGAGGAAGGAGUAGAGAGCAGAGUGUAGAAAAGGACAGAAAGAGAGAUGAGGACAAAGACGUGAGGGGAGCUGUGGGUCAACCAGAGGAGAAGACAGAGGUGAAGGAGGACAAAGGUGAGAGGAUGGAGGACACAAACACCUCCUUCACCUCCUUCAGGAAGACCAAACGGAAGAACUACAGGAGGAGCUCAGAGCAAGACGACAACUGACCGCGACGCAGCUCUCUGACACCUUUUCGUUUCCUCUGAAUAACACGAACAGCAGCAGAGUUCUUCUUCUGUCAAAUAACAUCAAAAUAAAAGAACGCCGCUGCUGUCCAAACGUGUGGACUUCACUGUGAAAAAGACUGAAGCUCAAAGUUAAAGGGUUCCUACACAUUUUUACCAAUACAUUUCCAUGAGUUUGAGGCAAAUUUUAAAAAAUCAAACUCCAAAAUAUAUCAUUAAAUAUACUAUAAAAAAUAAAAAACACAAGUAAAUCCAUGGCUUCCAAACACAGGUGAUUUUUGGCGAUUUUUUUCUCUUUUCCCUUUAAUGUUUUUUGAUGAUUUUCAAAGGAAAAAUUUGACUCUACUUUCAUAAAUUUUUUCCUUUAAAAACAAAAUUGGUGAUUUUUAAAGGAAGAACUUGGAUAUUUUUUUAAACGUGUAUUUUUGGGCCUACAGGUUAGGAAGGCAUGCUUUCUUUAACAAAAUAUUUGUCUUUUUUUCCUUUCAGAAAUCACCAGAAUAACACCACUGAUCUCAGCCACAAACUGUAAAAACGGAAAUGAUCGUUGUAUUUUCAAAUUUCACACCUCGUGUUAUUAUACAGGUUUGUGAAACAAAAUUCCACGACUUCUCUGAAGCUUUCAGGGUAUACUGCGUUCUCUAAAACUUUUCCAGGCCUGGAAAUUACUAUUUUUAAAUAUAGUAGCUUUUCCAGGUUUUCGUGACAGCACAAACCCUGACGGUAAAUCUGCUGUCGUCAUUGUAAACUGUAAAUCCUCCGUUUUGUUUUUGUUUGAAUCUCGCGGGUGAUAUUUUUGUGCAAAAUGGAAAAUAUAUUCACUUUCAUCUUAAAGGUGUCCUGUGGGUUUGAAGUCUUUUUUAUUCAGUGUUACUCAGCAGAUUAAUGUGUGUGUAUCAUUGAGGUCUUACAAGUUUGCUGAAUUUCUUUCCUUCCUCAUAAAGUUCUCAUAAAAACACA